AUUCAGUUACAACAGUCUAGCUAUCUGCUAAACCAAAUCAAAGCUUCGCAGUCAAAAUGACAAAGAGCUUGUCGCCAUGUAAAAAUCUUUUCGUAAAACAGCGAAGAAGACGUUUUAUGAAACAGCUUUACUUAGCUCUCAUUGUGUUCUCAUUUGGUAAUCUUGUCGUAGAUGCUGUGCCCAAGAUUAUCGACUCAAGUGAGAACACAAACACAUACUAUGGAAGCAAAAUAACGUUAUUUUGUACAUCAGAAGGCUCGCCAAUGCCAAACAUUACAUGGAGUAAAUCAAGAUCGAAAAUAAGAGAAAUACCAAACAAAAUUGAGAUUAAUACCAAAGUUCUUACGUCAGUCAAAGUGAAAAGCGUUUUGACAAUAAAAAACAUUUGCGAAAAAUGUAACUUACAAAAAAAAGGUGAAACCAUAAAAUAUACAUGUCAAGUGGGCAAAGGUGUUGCUGUAUCAAGGAAGAAGAUCAGCGUUUUUAUCAACCCAAAGCCUAAGGCUCCAGUUAUUAACAGUUCGAGAGUUAUAAGCAGCUCCGCAAUAUUAAUACGAUGGAAAGCGGUUAAGUUGGUAUCGAAACCAGUACUACACUACACAAUCCAUUUCAAUGCAGAUGGUGAAAAAACAUCCAGCAUGGAAAACAUAUCAACCACUAACGAUGAGAUCAUCGAGUAUAUCAUAGAAAACCUGACACAACUGACAACUUACUCCAUAUUCAUAACAGCAACGAACGAAUUUGGUGAAGGAGAAGCGUCAGAACUGCUAAUAGAAAAAACGAACCCAUUAGAACCACAACCUCCACAUAUGUCAAUCGAUCAUUCAACGUAUCAAAACAUUUCUUUGAGGUUUAAACCUUCUUCAAAGAACAAACGACGUAUUUUAGAGUAUCAAAUAUUUGUUGAAGUCAUAGAUGGAAAAACGACAAAUCAACCGCUACCUUUACCCAAAGUCUAUGGUAACGAUUCAUUCAAAAGCAAACAUAAUAUUUAUGCAGCAGCAAGAUUUGAAGGCAAUAAAUUACCGAAAACUUUUAUUCUGGGUGAUGGGAAAUGGUAUGAUUAUCGUUUCAACAAAGAGCUUCAACCGUUGGAGAAAUAUAGAAUUUACGUGAGAGCUUUGGCCAAAAAUUAUACAAACAAGAACAUAGUCGUUUUUGGCAAACCGUUCUACCUGACAGCAACUACAAAGUUUCCUAAAGUUCCAAAACUAAUAGUCAUUGAGACAUCCAAAGAUUGGGCAAAAUUUGAGUGGAGAAAACUGAAGUCAGAAAAGAUUUUCUACAAAGUUAUUGUUAAAGAUGAAGGAGGUGAAAUCCAAGAAAGCGGUAAAGUCGAAAAAAACUCUCUAAAAUUUAAAGGACUUAAAGAGAAAAAAACUUACAAAGCAUAUCUCCGUGUUUGUGCAAGUACUAAAGACUGCAAGGAGUCAGAAGGAAUUGAGUUCAAAAUGGAUAGUACUUCCUCAUCACCGACGUUGAUCAUAGUAAUAGUCGUUGGAAUAGUUGCUGUAUUAGUAAUUGUCAUUAUCGCUGUGAUAUUUUUCAUGAGAAGGAGGAAAAAGCACAAACAAGAUAUUAUAAAAAAUAAUAAGAUGGACAGUCUUUUGGAGUCUAAAGCGCCAAGAAAUGGAUCACUCAAGCACUUAAGCGAAGAUCAAAUUGCAUUGAUUGAAACAAAGGAAAAUGGCCACAUUUUAACGAAAAUGAGCUAAAGCCAUUGCGAGCAA